AUUAUAUCAGAACUAAAUUUGCUUGUGAACACACAGCACACAGUCUCGGUUAAAAAUUAAAUAAAAAUUAUUACAAACAUAAAACCCAAAAAAAAAGUAAAAAAAAAACUGUGAAAAAAACCAAAAAAAAAAAAAUAAAAAUAAACUGUGAAAAAACAAAAAAAAAAAAAUAAAAAUAAAAAACAAAUUCCUUUCUGAAAAUCCUUUUUGGUCAUCAAAAUUCUAAGAACACAUAAAAAGUCAAUUGCAGUGUAAUAAAGUGAACUACAGAGAAUUACUUUCAGGUAUAUCCAUCCACCCAAAUAUGCUGGCAACCAUCGUCAAUAUCCAUUAAGAAGGAGUUGGAGUAGCAAAGCGGCCUUUACAUGGGGAAGAAAGGCAAAGGCAAGAAGGGAAAGAAGGGUAAGAAGGGUAAGAAGGCAGCAGCAGUAGCACCAGCUGUGGUAGCACCCGAAUGUCCGCCAUGUCCCGAAAAGCCAAAGGAAAUGCAACCAUUGGAUCCAUGUCCAGAAGCCACCGGACCCCAUGAUGUGAUGCGUGCCCAACCGAAUCAUUAUCCAGCCCUAUUGCGUAUACCGGAAACUAUGGCUGUUGUCGGAUCGGAGAAUGGAUGCUAUGAUAGCAUCUGUAAGCUAUUACGCGCCGGUUUUCGGUGUGCCGAACGUGUCUUUGUUAUGGCACCAUGGGGCAACUAUGUUGUCUUUCGCUAUCAUAAUAAUAGCGAUUUUAUCUACUUCCUAUUCGAUGGCUGUACAUGCGAUGUCAAUCGUUUCCGUUAUCUGGAUCUAAGCUGUGGCACAGCUGGCUUCUUAUUCUUUGAUAACAUGCACGAUGUCAUCAGCUAUAUUAUACAAUCGCGCAAAACACGAUUGUAUCUCGAGAAUCUCAACAAGAUAGCCAUAGACCAGAUUGUGGAGGAAUAUGGCGCAGUCACAUAUACCCAGAAGGCCAAAUGUAUGCGAUUCGCCUAAGGAUGAACUCAUCAAUUGAGAGUCAUUCGAGAUGCGUUGCGAAAACCAAACGACACACUCGUCUUUCUCAGUCGCCAACCACCACCACCCACCACCAUCACAACCGCUAAAACUCUUAAGUUUGUAUUCACUGCUUUUGAUCGAAACAUUCCCCCCCAUCAAUUAAGAUAAAAUAUAACAAGAUACCAUGUAAAAUGUAA